AGCAGCCUCAGUCAAGUGGCGAAAUUUGUCCGGCACAAUGGCCUCCUCCUGGAAUGUUUGCCUUAUUCUGGCCGCACUCAUCGCAUACGACUCGCUGGCACCGAGCCAAGCGUUUGAGCUAUCCCCGGUGAUGAAAAAGCAAAUAGCAAAGCUGAAGACACGCUGCAUUAACCAGACAGGAGCAUCCGAAGAGCGAAUGAUCCAGGCGCAGAAGGACCAGGUAUUGCCCGAUGAUCCAGCCUUUAAAUGCUUUCUACACUGCAUGUUUGACAUGUUCGGACUGAUCGACAGCAAAAACGUAAUGCAAUUGGAGGCUCUGAUCGAAGUCCUGCCUGAAGAGGUUCACCCCAAGAUCAACGCAUUAGUUGGAGCCUGCGGCACCCAGAAGGGAACUGAUGGCUGCGACACUGCUUUUCAAACCGUCAAAUGCUAUCUCAAUGUGAACAAAGAGUUCAUCACGGAGCAAAUAAUGAACUCAAUGUAAUAGAAGUUCUCACACACCUGUACAGAUCGCGAUCCACAAUCCCCAGGAGGAGCAGACACCGCAGGAUGCGCAGUGCCUCGACCUGAACGCGUACCAUCUUGCCCUGCAAAACGAGAGAGACAUUUCAUUAUUUAGAUCAACAAAUCAAUAAAAGUUUGGCUAAAAUUCAUACAAA